UUCAAGAAAUAAACUUUCUUCACCGUUAUGACUUUGCCAAUGAUUUUGCCAAUGAAUUAUCUGAAUAUGAAUUAUCAGAAUUAAAUACAGUAUUUGCACAAGAGCAAACGCUUUUAAAUGUAAAUGAAUCGAAUUUACAAUUUUUAAAUAAUUCAUUCCAUAAUGAAAAUGGCAUUACAACUUCGUUUUCAAUAAAUCAAACAAUCGCAAACACACCGUUUAUUCAAACUAAUGGUUAUGACAUGAUGCACCAUAAUAUUGACGAAAUUGGCACAAAUAUUAUUAAUGAUAAUGCGAAUUAUGAAUUUUUUGGUUUUUAUUGCAAUGAUACAACGUCAUAUAGUUACGCGUAA